AACCAAAAGGGGUGGCAAAAGAAAUGGGGUUGGGGUGGUGCCUGUAGCUUACUGGGGAGGGCACCGGCCACAUACACCAAGGCUGACAGGUUUGAACCUGGCCUGGGCCUGUUAAACAACGACAACUGCAACAAAAAAUAGCCUGGCAUUGUGGUGGAUGCCUGUAGUCCCAGCUACUUGGGAGGCUGAGGCAAGAGAAUCACUUAAGCCCAAGAGUUUGAGGGUGCUGUGAGUUGUGAUACUACGGCACUCUGCUGAGGGUGACAAAGUGAGACUCUGUCUCAAAAAAAAAAAAAAAUAGCUGGGCAUUGUGGCAGGCGUCUGUAGUCCCAGCUACUUGGGAGGCUGAGGCAAGAGAAUUGCUUAUGCCCAAGAGUUUGAGGUGAUGUUGUUGUAAGCUGUGUAGCCACGGCACUCUACCCAGGGAGACAGCUUGAGACUCUUGUCUCAAAAAAAAAAAAAAAAAAAGGCUUGGCACCUCAGUGAGUUGGACGCCAGCCAUGUACAUUGAAGCUGGCUGGUUUGAGCCCGGCCCAGGCAUGCUAAAAAACGACAAUGAUAACUGCAACCAAAAAUAGCUGGGCGUUGUUGUGGGCUCCUGUUGUCCCAGCUACAUGUGAGACUGAGGCAAGAGAAUCAUGUAAGCUCAAGAGUUUGAGGUUGCUGUGAGCUGUGACACCAUGGUACUCUACCCAGGGCGACAUAGUGUGACUCUGUCUCAAAAAAAUAAAAAAGAAGGGCGGUGCCUAUGGCUCAGUGAGUAGGGCGCUGGCCUCAUAUACCGAGGUACCCGGCCCCGGCCAAACUGCAACAAAAAAAUAGCCUGGGUGCCUGUAGUCCCAGCUGCUCCGGAGGCUGAGGCAAGAGAAUCGUGUAAGCCCAAGAGCUGGAGGUUGCUGAGAGCCAUGUGAGGCCCCGGCAUUCUACUGAGGGCAGUAAAGUGAGACUCUGUCUGUACAAAAAAAAAAGGAAAAUGAGGUUGGAGAGGUGGGCAGGGCCCAGAGCAAGCAGGGACUUGUAGGCCAUGGUAAGGAGGAUCUGAGAGGUUAAUUUGCAUGCCCAAGGUUAUCCAGCUAAUAAAUGCUAAAGUCAGGUUUGUGUAUAUGUAUGUAUAUAUAUCCAGACCACUUUAAGUUCUGUUAACAAAGCUGAAAUAUAUUCAUUUCAUUUUACCAGGAGGAAAGCAGAGCUCAGAGAGGUCAAAUGACUUGCCCCAGGGCACACAGUAAGUGGUAGAGCUGAGGUUUGGUUAUUUCUGACUCUCAAAGCUACAUUAUUUUUCAUGUGUUCUGCACCUCUGACCCUUUGUCUCAACUUGAUUUGUUUACUCAUUCUUUCAUGCACUGAUGCAUGUACCAUAUAAUUUAUUGGUACCUUCUUUGGGCCAGGACCUGUAGAAGACACUGGGGAUACAGAAAUUAAGAAGACAUGGUGCUUGUCCUCACAGAGCUCAGCCAGAAAUAGAAGACAGCCAGCUGAGCAAAUGUGGGCAUUGGAGGGACCUGCAAAAGGUGUUUUGGAGUCUAGAGGGAGAAUGACUCUGCCUAGGGUAGUUGGGGAAGAUUUCACAGAGGAAGCCCUUUGAAUCAAACCCUCGAAGGAUGAAGAGGAGGCACAGAAAACAAAAGCUCAACGUGGGCAAAGAGCUAAGGUUGUUUGGACCAGUGAGAGAUGGAGUGAUGAGGCCAACUGGGGGAAGCUUUGGCUGUCAGUCAAGAACUCAGAAUUUGAUUCUAAGUCACUAGGGAGUCUUUAAGGGUUUUGAGCAGGGGAGUUCCUUGGACAAGAUUCUGUUUCUGGCAAUGAUUUCCAAAGACCUGGAGUCCUUUUAAGGAUUCAGUGACAGGCUGGGCACAGUGGCUCAUGCUUGUAAUUCUAGCACUCUGGGAGAUGAAAGCAGGUGGAGUGCUUGAGCUCAGGAAUUAGAGACCAGCUUAAGCAAGAGCAAGACCCCGUCUCUACUAAAAAUAGAAAAAUUAGCUGGGCAUUGUGGUGGACAUCUGUAGUCUCAGCUACUUGGUAGGCUAAGGCAAGAGGAUCUCUUUAGCCCAAGAGUUUGAAGUUGCUGUGAGUUAUGACUCUAUGGCACUCUACCCAGAGCACAGGGUAAGACUCUGUCUCAAAAAAAAAAAAAAAGUGAAUUUCAUUUUCCAGUGAAUCCUUUGUAUGAACUGGAAAAUUGAUGGCCCUUCCCACACCCAAUCUCAUUAUGAUAUUUGGUCCAUCAGACCGUAGGAACUUUUUUUUUUAACCAUCUCAUUAAAGCCUUUGUCUCACCUGCUAAAGAGAAAAGUCUGCUUCCUUCCUCUCUGUCCUUACUUCACUUCCCACCAUGGCAAUGGGCUACAGAGGGGCUUGGAAUAGAGGUGUGUGGAGAAUGAUGGGAUUGAAGCUAUCUAUGGGGAUGGAUGGGCAAAAGGAUCCAGGAGAUGGGAGCCGUAUGUAUUCUUAGUCUUGGCUUUCCCCACCGUUUCGUGCCUGUCUAGCAUCUCAGCUUCCUAUACUACCCACCCCCUUGUUUGCUGCACUCAACUUCCUGUCCCACCAGAGGAAGUGGGGCAGCAUAGCAGGUGCAGCGACAGCUAGCGGAGCCAUGGACAAGGAGUAUGUGGGUUUUGCUGCCCUCCCCAAUCAGCUCCACCGCAAGUCUGUCAAGAAGGGGUUUGACUUUACACUCAUGGUGGCAGGGGAGUCAGGCUUGGGGAAAUCCACCCUCAUCAACAGCCUGUUCCUCACCAACCUCUACGAAGAUCGGCAGGUGCCAGAGGCCAGUGCUCGCUUGACACAAACGCUGACCAUUGAGCGCCGAGGCGUGGAGAUUGAGGAGGGGGGUAUCAAGGUGAAGCUCACUCUGGUGGACACGCCUGGUUUUGGGGACUCAGUGGACUGCUCGGACUGCUGGCUACCUGUGGUUCACUUCAUCGAGGAGCAAUUUGAGCAGUACCUUAGGGAUGAAAGUGGCUUGAACCGGAAGAACAUCCAGGAUUCCCGAGUCCACUGCUGCCUCUACUUCAUCUCACCCUUUGGCCGGGGGCUCCGGCCCCUAGAUGUGGCCUUCCUCCGGGCAGUACAUGAGAAAGUCAACAUCAUCCCAGUCAUCGGCAAAGCGGAUGCCCUGAUGCCCAAGGAAACCCAAGCCCUCAAGCAGAAGAUCCGGGACCAGUUGAAAGAAGAGGAGAUCAACAUCUAUCAGUUCCCCGAAUGUGACUCUGAUGAAGAUGAAGACUUCAAGAGGCAGGAUGCAGAGAUGAAGGAAAGCAUCCCUUUCGCAGUUGUCGGUUCCAGUGAGGUAGUGAGGGAUGGUGGGACCCGACCGGUGAGGGGACGCUGCUACUCCUGGGGUACUGUGGAAGUGGAGAACCCACAUCACUGCGAUUUCCUGAACCUGCGACGGAUGCUGGUGCAGACACACCUGCAGGACUUGAAAGAAGUGACGCAUGAUCUGCUCUACGAGGGCUACCGGGCUCGCUGCCUACAGAGUCUGGCUCUGCCUGGGGCUCGCGACCGAGCCAGCCGCAGUAAGCUUUCCCGCCAGAGCGCCACAGAGAUCCCGCUGCCCAUGCUGCCUCUGGCCGAGACGGAGAAGCUGAUCCGCGAGAAAGACGAAGAGCUGCGCCGCAUGCAAGAGAUGCUGGAGAAGAUGCAGGCCCAGAUGCAGCAGAGCCAGGCUCAGGGCGAGCAGUCGGAAGCUCUCUGAGGCCCCUGCCGGGUCCUGCCUCACCUCGGCUCCGCCCUCAGUCCAUCUCCUGUCCAAUCCCCGCAUCUCAGACCGCCCAACGCUUAAGCCCGGAGUGCCGGCCACAGGGCCCACCUUUGCACUGGCUCUAUGUGUGUUCUCCGCCCCGGCGGUUCUCCUAGUGGCCGGAGUUGUCGCCGGUCCCUGGCCCCGCCCCCAAACCGUCUUCCGCCCACUUCACGCGUGGGAGCCUCUGACCGCUCCUAUCAGUCCUCGGGCGUCGAUCCCUAAAACCCAAAUCGUCAAUAAAAACUGAGUUUCCUUG